CCUAACAGAACAUUUUAAAUGACGAAUUACUUGGAGAAUCCAUGUUUAUUAGUUGUGCAUAGUGUACUGCAUAUGUGAUUGAGAAACAUGGCUAGUUCUUCGAGGCAUGACACAAACAAGGUAUGUUGUUAUGCACAUCCAGAUGCACCGCUUAUUGAAGAUUACAGAGCUGGAGAUCAAAUAUGUUCAGAGUGUGGAUUAGUAGUAGGUGAUAGAGUUAUUGACGUAGGUUCCGAGUGGAGAACAUUUAGUAACGAAAAAGCUGGCGUUGAUCCAUCGCGUGUAGGUGGUCCAGAGAAUCCGCUGCUAAACGGGUCAGAUUUAUCGACUAUGAUUGGGCCUGGAACCGGUGCUGCUUCUUUUGAUGCCUUUGGUGCUUCCAAGUAUCAAAAUAGACGUACUAUGAGUAGUUCUGACAGAGCGUUGAUUAACGCAUUUCGUGAAAUCAAUGGAAUGGCGGAUCGUAUUAAUUUACCUAAAACCAUCGUUGACAGAGCUAAUAAUCUUUUCAAACAAGUACACGAUGGUAAAAAUUUGAAAGGACGUGCUAACGACGCUAUUGCAUCAGCCUGUUUAUAUAUCGCGUGCAGGCAGGAAGGUGUCCCACGUACUUUUAAAGAAAUUUGUGCGGUUAGUAAAAUUAGCAAGAAAGAAAUUGGUAGGUGUUUCAAAUUAAUAUUGAAAGCGCUUGAGACAAGCGUGGACCUCAUCACAACGGGAGACUUUAUGUCAAGAUUUUGUUCAAAUCUUGGUCUUCCAAAUAUGGUACAAAGAGCUGCAACGCAUAUUGCAAGAAAAGCAGUGGAGAUUGAUAUUGUACCUGGAAGAUCACCUAUUUCGGUAGCUGCAGCUGCCAUUUAUAUGGCAUCACAAGCUUCGGAAGACAAGAGAUCACAAAAAGAGAUUGGAGAUAUUGCAGGUGUUGCAGAUGUCACAAUCAGACAAUCUUACAAGCUCAUGUAUCCGCAUGCAAUCAAAUUAUUUCCUGAAGACUUCAAAUUUGCAACACCCAUUGAACAGUUGCCGCAAAUGUGAAAUGGAAAAUAUUCUCUUGUCGUGCUUUUGGUCGAUCAGAAGGACAUUUUCAUAUAUCAUAAAUAUGAUAGUAUAACAAAUAUAACUUUUUCGAAUAUAGCAUACAUUCCUGAAAUAAUAUCUUGAUAAUUAAAUGCUACAAGUCUCUUAUUUUCUUUUUUUUUUUCUAAGAUAAUUUCAUUCAAAUAAUAGCAGCUUCCUAAAAAACAAGUACAAUAAAAUUUAUAAAUUGGAUUUUAAUAAUUUACUUGUGUGCGCACAUUGAACACAUACUAAGGAACUUGUUAAUUAUAUAUUUAACAUGAAUAUAUGACCAAAACAGAUUUAAAUCAUCGCUAAAAUAUAAAGUUUUAAUUGAUUUUGCAAUUAUUUUAAAAAUUGUUUUAUAGAAAUUGAUAAUUAAAGCUAUCAUUUCGGUCUCAGUCAUUCAAUGUGCAAAAAUUGUAUAUAAUUCAUAUAUAUAUUUAAGAAAUGGUAAUAAGUAUAACGGGAGUAUCAAUGUGCUAUAUUAAACGAAUAUAUUUUCAAAAUAUUAUUCGUUUAUCAAAUUGAUAAUAUUCUCCAGUAACUUGUACCUGAAGUAAUUAUUAUUACAGAGUACGCUGGUAAUUAAUUAAUGAAAAUUGAUAUUAAUACAGCACAAUGAUUCUCUGGCUACAUUCUUUAUAAAGCACCAAAAAAGGAGCGUUUGUUGCCUUAUCUAGAAAACUUAAGAAAGAAAUAGUAUUAGAAAAUAAUUAUACAAAACUAUUUGACUUUGAGAAGAAGCAUAAUAAAGAUAAUAUAAUAUUUUAUCUAAACGAUGAAAAUGAUAUACGUAAGAACUAAUUAACCUUUUCGUUACUAGCGACCCAUAUAAGAAUCAUAUACAAUACGACGAUACAUAAGUGUGAACAAAUUUAUGCGAAACGAUAUUUGCAUGCCAUAACGAAAGGGUUAAAUGAAAAUCUUAUCUUGUAAUAACAUACAUUGAAAUAAUAAUAAUUCUAUAUUUAUAUUUGUGUAAAGAUGAGGAACAUUGAAAACUUCCAACUUAGAUAAGACUGGAUAAUUUAUAUACAUUAUUAAAAAAUAAAUAGAAAUAUAUAUGGCAAAUAAUAAUAAUAA